AUGGAAGAGGAAGCAAGCAAAGAAUUGCCUGACGAAUGCUGGGAGAUAAUCUUUAAUCGUCUCAAACAUGAAAGUGACCAAGAAUCAAUCACUUUAGUCUGCAAGAGAUUUCUUUCAAUCUCCGAUUUCUUACGAGUUAGCUUAAAGUUAUCAGGUUAUACACCAAUCACAGUCCUCUGUAGGCUACUGAAAAGAUUCUCGAACCUUAAGAAGUUACAGGUCUGUAACUUCAGAGGAGACAUGAAUGAAGCUAUUCUUGCUAUAGCACGGUCUGGGUUGGACUUGGAAGAGUUGGUUGCUUUGUCAGAUUGUCGAAGUCAUCCGGAAGUUUGGUUAGAGGAGCUGAGUUCAAGCAUGAAGAGUCUGAAAGUACUCAAGUUUACUGGUGGAGAAGGAGAUGCUGAUUUUGUCAGAGUAGCAGACGCGUUCCCACAGCUUGAGGAACUAUAUAUCAAGGAUGAAGCACCGUAUAUCAUUUCUGUGACUGAUAAAGGGAUGGAUUAUAUGUCAUCCAAGCUCAAGAGAUUACGCAAGAUAGACCUUUCAAAUAAAUCACGGGUUUCAGAUAAGUCCCUUAUUUCUCUGUCAAAAAACUGUCCAUUACUCGAGCAAAUUGAAAUUCAUGACUGUAAUUCUGUGACACAAGAAGGAAUUUCAUUCCUUUUUAACAACAGCCAUCACUUGAACUUAUUAUACAUAUGUAAAUAUCUUAAGAUUGAUUCAUUUGGAGUCGAAGGCUCUACUAAUAUCCUAACCAACUUACAAUCUCUAAGGCUUCAAUAUGUAGACAUACCGGAUGAGUUUCUCUUUUCUAUAAUAGAAGCACGGAUUCAUCUUACUGACUUGGCUCUAACAGACUGCAAAAGCUACACCUUUGACCGGUAUCUCAAGGCUCCUACAUCACUCUUCUCAAUCUCUGAAGUCUUUAGAGUUGGGGAGAGUAGAGUUCCUCACAAAUGA